GGCUGACACUCUGUGCAGGAGCAGGGUCCGGGGGUCUGGAGGCAGCACAGCCGAACUGCUGCGCAGCCCUCCAGCAGGAACUCUAGAACUGAAGGAGCAACAAUCACCACUCUGAAGAUUUUAAAAUUAUGCAAGUUUAAAACAACCUUUGAAAACACCCAACUUUAGAAAAUACCAAAUUUCUGGUGGUUUUCUUGUUGUUGCUGUUUGGGAGUUCCCCCCCACCCCCUUUUUUUUUGUACUUUUCUUGAAAGACUGCAAGUAUUUUAGUUGCUAUGCCUGCUGAGGAGCCAUAUGGAAAAAUCGGUUCUGUCCUCUUAAACUGGUUGCACAGUUUUGAUUUUCAUGUGCCUACAGAGAUCUGAAAAGUCUAUGUCGUUUUAUUUUGUGCUUUUUCGGCAGAGAGGGCAAGUGGUCUGUGGAUCAUCUGGCCAAGAACACAAUAGAAAAGCUGAGCUGCUGUGGUAUCAGUGUGGUUUGCAAGAUCCUGUCAUUUAAACAGCAGAAAGACCUUUUUUUAAUCCUCUCCGAAGGGGCAGAGCAACUCAGAUUCCACUGUCAAAGUACUGAAGAUGUCCUGGCUCAGGUUUUAUCUGCCUCUCCAUGUUCUCAUGGCAGCUUGCUUGUGCCAUUCCAUAAAAGCACCUACCACCAGUUCCCAACAGAGCUUCAGGACUGAUCUCUUCAAUUUCUACCACUCCUUGAUACUUGCUGAUGGUAAGGAAACUACAGUUCACCUGAUGAAGGAUAUACCCAAAAGGUACUACUUUGUUUUGGAAGAAAGCAGAGUCCUUUCACCUUUCACAAUAACUGUGACCCCCUGUGAUGUUCCCAUCGAAUGGAGCAUACUUGUGCACAAGGCUUCAGCAAGUUUGCCAGGAAAAGAAACACAAGGUGACCACGAUACACAGGAGGUCUCAAAAUCUCAGAAGGCCCCAAGCGUGGUGUCCACCAUUUUUAACUACAAGGGAAAUUCUGUAGAGACUUACAUGGGUAUGUCUUCUCAUUCUGCCCUUUACAUGCUGGAGUUCUUAUCCACUGAGCGAGACACUCACAUUACUGUGUACCUAACAACUGACACAACAUCUGGGCACCUCUAUCCCGAGCUUCCAAUGGAUCCACGCAUAGAUGUUAUUGGAGUUGGGCAUACAACUGUGACUCUGACCUGGAAACACAGUCCUUCUGUCCUGCAACAUAGAGAAAGCAUCCAGUACUGUCUCCUAGUUAACGAGAAGCACAACUACAAGAGCUUAUGUGCUGCUGAGACAGCAAUCAGGUCCUCUGGAAUGAAGCUGCCACCUACACUGGCUUUGUCCCUCUCUCCGUACCUUCUCGAGCCGCAGCAGGUGAUGAUACUGUCCAACAGUGAACUGAGCAUCAUCAACAAAGUGAGCAGUGGGGAAGUCCGGCAGAUCUGCAUGGGCACCAAGAACACUUACACAGUGCCCAACCUCAGCCCCAGCACCCAGUAUUACUUUGAUGUUUUUGUUGUCAACCUCCUCACAAAUGCCAGCGCUGCUUACACCGGGACGUUCGCAAGGACCCUGGAAGAACCUGAACCCAAGGUGACCGAGCUGAAAGAUGGCAAAGUAAUUCAGGUUGUCCUGGAUGGGCAAAAGCAGAAAUCCUACAGCCUGCAGUACCAGGCAAGGUACAAGAAAGUGCAGUUCUCCUUUCAGUUGUGUCGUGGCCAAGUACAGGUUCACAUAACAAGGAACGGCAAAACAGUGGCAUCGGAAAACAUCUCAGGGCUGAAGUAUUUCUCUCUGAAGGGAAAGCUGCUGGACACAUAUCUGGUGCAGCUGAGGUCCACAGAGGAAUCUAACUCUUCUGUGAAAGUACAGGUGUCCCCCCAUUUCCACAAGCCUUUAUUCCCACUUCUUCCAGAGAGCUUAAAAAUCAAGUCCUUCAGUAAACUGAGAACCUGCAACUCUGUGACCAUUGCCUGGCUGGGAACACAGGAGAAGAGCAAGUACUGUGUGUACAAGAGAAGGAUUGAGGAAGAUCAGGUCUGGAGGGAACUGCAGAGUGCAGACAGGUGCUCUGGACCUGAAUCUCGGCACAAAUCAGAGAAAGUGCUGUGCAAGUAUUUCUAUGAUCUGAAUCUCCAGCGAGCCGUCACCACAGAGACCAUCAAAGGGCUGGAUGCAGGAACACUUUACUUGUUUGAUGUUUAUCUCUUUGGGCCAUCUAGCAUCCCUGUCAGAUAUCACAGCAAAGUUGUGAAGACCAGAAAAAAAUGCUGAAGGUUUUAAAGACAAGUUUUGAAGUGAGUGAAUGAAGACUUCUCAAAAUCCACACCAAUCCAUGUCAUAGCCUGUGCAGUUUAAAAUAUGCUGAGACAGAAAAAAUAUAAAGCCAUGAGAUUCUACAGAGAAAAAAAAAAUCUUAGUUGUCUAGAUCAUUACACUUACUUUUACAUCUCCUUGCCUGUGUAGGGUGAGGUUUUUUCUUUUCCUAUCUCAUUCAGACAUCAAAAACAGACCUGUGAAACAAACUCACGUAACGUGGAAAUAAAAUACCCUAAUGGCAACUAUGAGAAAUAGAUUGGUUACCUAAAAUGCUUCUGAAAUCCAAUACAGAAGUGCUGGGAAAUGCCUCACAAGAAGCACACAUUAUUUUCAAGUCCCAGAGAGUUUUCCCACUUUCUGUAACUCACUGAGCUAACGAGGAACUGAGAGACCCUCCAAGUCAGGCUACUCUUGAGAAACUGAACUUCCUCCCUGCUUGAACAGAGGUGGAGACAACAAGAAAUUAAAAGAAGCAGUGCAACUGGUGUAAAGCUCCACACCUCGAGUGAAGCAGGCUGAAAUGCAUCUUCCCCUGUUACCUGCAUGUUUGCUUGGUUUCAUUUCUAUAGAGAAACUCUGCUUGAUUAGAAACACAAAAUUCAGGCCAGGAACUAGCUCUGGAUCCAGCUUUUCUGGGGAGAGUAUACAAACACACUGCUGUGCUGCUGCCCAUUGAGGAAAGCAGCAAGUGAGGAAUCUUGCCACAGAAAGAAGAUUUAUCUAUAACCUCAGAUAUCGAGCCCCUGUCUAUGACUGUGUGACUCCUGAGUGUAAUAUAUUCAUUCUUUACAUCUUUAAAUGAGCCUAUAUCAAUGAAUGCAUUGCUUUGAGAAAAACUAAAUGUGGUUUUCCUAUUAAAUACCAUGGAGGAAAAGAAUAUUUGUAGUAAAAAUCCUGACAAACACUU